UGGUCCGAUUGCCAUUUUGGAGUCAGGAAGGAAUUUUUUCCCCCUCUGAGGCAAAUUGGUGAGGCUUCAGAUGAUUUACUGUUACGGUAUAGGGAAUAUAAUGACAUAGUACUGUCCAGUAUAUCGGGGGUUAACACAUUCCAAUGAUGAACGUGGUCUAUAGCCAAUCAACGAGCCUUUAAACCUCAUGUUAAUCCAGUGAGCUGAGCCAGAGGGAGGGACUUGAACUGCCAGAUGUUUGUUUUUUUAGUUUAGUACAUGACUACAGCAAGAAAUAUGUUUAGAACUGAAGGCUCAUCCAUGCAUAAGAUUGGACAAGAGAAAAAAGCAACUCCGUAUAUUAUUACUGAUGUGUUGCUUUAACCAUAAAACGCCCCAAAGUGAAACAUAAAUCCUUCCUUCUUGACUUUCAUACACAAGCGAUGGGACAGGCUACCCACACCUGCGACUGAACGAUUGACAACAUCAAAGAUCAAAGAAGAAACAGAAGAAGACAGCAGAGAAGACAAUUUGGGGGUGGAAAAGGCGGUAUUUUUUAAGGGAUACUACAGUGGAUGGUGUGCCAUUCAUCUUAAGAUUUCUUUAAUGCGCCUUGUUCGUGGGCAGAGACCUGGAGCUGGUAGGAAGGUAGCAACUUCGCUAUUGUGGGCUGCCGACAAAUCAAGGCGGUCAAUGCAGCCGGCCGCUGUCCGUAGUCCUGGCUGAUCCGUUACGUUCUGCUACUGUGUGCUGAGCUGUUUUAUAGAGACACAACUGCGCUGUCCGAGGUGCUGAACUUGACCUGGCUGAUCCAUGCAGCUCUACAGCGCGGUGCUGAAAUAACUGUGCUAUCCGAGACUGUGUAUAGGAUAAACUGCUCUGUCCGAGGUGCUGAACUUGCCUUACUAAGACCUGGCUGAUGCGCUUCUGCAACUGGACUGUCCAGCGAGGGGCUGACAUAGCUCCACCAUGCGAACCGGUAUAAUCAGCCCGCCCUCAAUCACUGCCCAGUAUUUAUGGACCUGAAUUAGGCCGAGCGCAUCAUCAGAACCUGUGAAGUGUGUCUCGUGUGUUCGCAGCAGUGCAGCUGAACUAGAUCUAGCUCAACUGAGAUCUUUGGAGAAGCCGCGUGUGUAUGUGGUAUUGAGCCAAGCUUCCAGCUGAUUAGAAAUCUUACAGGACCAAAGUAGCACCGGGUUCAGAGCAGAGGCAACACGAGCAGUUGUUUGUACCCAGCAAACCCUCACUGCCUACAUCCAUCACAACCGAAACGAUGCGCAGCCUUAAUGCGCUUGGCAUCUACCUUUGGGAGACGGUGCUAUUCUUCAGUCUAGCAGCUUCCAAGGAAGUUGGUGCGUCUGCCCGUUCCUCUGCCAAACAAAUGUCUCCUUCUGACUUCUUGGAUAAGCUGAUGGGAAAGAUCUCAGGAUACGACGCCAGGAUUCGACCCAAUUUCAAAGGUCCGCCUGUAAAUGUGAGCUGCAACAUCUUCAUUAACAGUUUUGGAUCAAUUGCAGAAACCACCAUGGAUUACAGACUUAAUAUUUUCCUGCGUCAGCAGUGGAACGAUCCUCGCUUAGCUUAUAGUGAAUAUCCAGAUGACUCACUGGAUCUAGAUCCUUCUAUGUUGGACUCGAUCUGGAAACCAGAUCUGUUCUUUGCUAAUGAAAAGGGGGCUAACUUCCAUGAAAUUACAACCGACAACAAGUUGUUGAGAAUCUUCAAGACUGGAAAUGUUCUUUAUAGCAUAAGACUGACUCUGACAUUAGCUUGUCCCAUGGACCUGAAAAAUUUCCCAAUGGAUGUCCAAACUUGCAUAAUGCAGCUGGAGAGUUUUGGCUACACAAUGAACGACUUGAUAUUUGAAUGGGAGGAGGUGGGGGCUGUGCAGGUUGCUGAAGGCCUGACUUUGCCUCAAUUUAUCUUGAAAGAAGAGAAGGAUCUGAGAUACUGCACCAAGCACUAUAGUACUGGUAAAUUCACUUGCAUUGAGGCUCGAUUCCACUUGGAGAGACAGAUGGGCUACUACCUGAUCCAAAUGUACAUUCCCAGUUUGCUGAUUGUCAUCUUGUCAUGGGUGUCCUUCUGGAUUAACAUGGAUGCAGCUCCUGCCAGGGUUGGGCUCGGUAUUACUACUGUGCUGACCAUGACCACACAGAGCUCUGGAUCUCGAGCCUCAUUGCCAAAGGUCUCCUAUGUCAAAGCCAUUGAUAUCUGGAUGGCUGUUUGCUUGCUCUUUGUCUUCUCUGCUCUGCUGGAAUACGCAGCAGUCAACUUUGUAUCUCGUCAGCAUAAGGAGCUUCUACGCUUCAGGAGGAGGCGGCGACACCACAAGGAGGACGAAAAUGCAGAAGGGCGUUUCAGCUUUGCUGCCUAUGGAAUGGGGCCUGCAUGUCUACAAGCCAAGGAUGGGAUCUCCACGAAGGGUAACAACAACAAUAACCCUGCAAGCUCUCCACAGCCAGCCUCCAAAUCCUCAGACGAGAUGCGUAAGCUCUUCAUCAGCCGAGCCAAGCAGAUUGAUAAAGUGUCAAGAAUCGGCUUUCCUUUGGUUUUCCUGAUAUUCAACACUUUCUACUGGAUCAUAUACAAGAUUGUGCGGAGUGAGGAUGUCCACAAGCAAUGAGAUGCUAGUGGGGAUGGGGAGAAAGGUGGGUGUGUAGGGUAUCUAAUAUGAAAAGGCGAAAGUAAAAAAAAGACUGUUCUGAAAGGCAAUUAAAGACAAUAGGAUUUUGAGU